AAUCAUGCCCCAAACAUGUUAUUAUUUUUAACAUAGGCCUCUGUAUGGCCUUCAAUUUAAGCUGCUUACGCUUCGCCACUCUGCCAUGGGCCCCUGUACCGCCUCCUCUUGCUGCUGCCAGGUCCAGAGUGUGUCAUGGGUCCCUGUACGGCCUCCCAUUGCUGCUGUCUCCAUCGCCACACUCUGCCAUGUGCCACUUUCAGGCCUCCCAUUGCUGCUGCCAGGCCCGUAAUCUGCCAUGGGCCCCCGUACCGCCCCCUCAUGCUGCUGCCAGGUCCAGAGUGUCUCAUGGGUCCCUGUACGGCCUCCCAUUGCUGCUGUCUCCAUCGCCACACUCUGCCAUGUGCCACUUUCAGGUCUCCUCACACUGCUUGUGGGUUCCAUUUUGUCAUAGGGUGCUGGCAGAUUACGGGCCUCCCAUUGCUGCUGCCAGGCCCGUAAUCUGCCAUGGGCCCCCGUACCGACUCCUCAUGCUGCUGCCA